UGGACGGCGGUUUGAUCAAACGAACUUGCGACCCAUGGCAGAGGUAUCUUUUCCUCGCGAACUCCAGCCCAGCGAAAUACAGAGAAAAGAGGCCUCUGCUAGCAGGAAUCCAAGGCCGUAGAAAGUCGAACAAAUCUCAGUGGACGAACAGGCACUCAGAACAAGGCAAAUGUGUCGGCUUUUACAGCUGUUGUUGUGAUGGCAGGUCUAUUCCCAGUCAACAAGGACUCUGAGAACUUUGAUAAACUUUCCCGAUUACUUGUUGUUGGCGGAACCCAGGCCCUUCGAGGUGUUUUGGAUGGAUUUCUGCCACCUUCCUCAUUAAGUACUCAGCUGAAUCAUCACUACAAGACUCUACAUUCCUUGUGGUGUCCUCCGCGAGGGAAGAGGAAAAUACUUAAUAAUGAUCAAUGGGAUAAGUUGUUCCCUAAACAUGGCCUACCGCCUCCAACCUCUAAAGAUUUUGACAUUACCCUCAUCUUUGUUCUGUUGCGCAACAUCUGCCUAUUGAAACCUCCUUCUUCGGGAUGGGACAGUUUGCCUGCAAGCACAGACAAUUCAAUUCCAGCACACAUUGCUCGCAUCAAGUUUUAUAGGAACAAGUUAUGUCAUGUUAAUAAUGCCGCAUUUGAUGAUGUAGAGUUUGAGAAUUACUGGAAAGAGAUCUCAACAGCUCUCAUUGCCCUUGGUAUCAGUUCUGAUGAAGUGAAUGAUCUUAAAAGCCGUCCCUCUGGUGCAACAGACUACAAAGCAUUGCUGCAGAAAUGGAAUGAGGAUGAGCUCGACUUGUUUAGAGAAACACAAGAAGUGAGAAAGGAAGUGCAAGGAGUGAGCCAUGAAGUACAGGACCUGAAGCAAGCUAUGAACAGCCAAAUCCAAGGAGUGGGCGCUGAUGUUCAAUCUGUUCAACAGAUAGUCGAAGGGGUUGGGCAGAGUGUCAAUGAAAAGUUUCAUGGAAUAGCUCAUGAAGUGCAAACAAUAUGCCAGGAAAUCCAAGAAAUCAAAGAUGGGAAGAUUGGUCAGGGAGUUGCUGAAUCUGAUGAGCUUGCAAAGCGAGACAAAGCCAUGGAUAAGUGGUUGGAAUAUCUUCUAUCUGAGUACACAACUGGUGAAGCAUCAUACAUCACUCCUCUACCAUGGCUUGAAUUUGAAUCCAAGUUUAAUGUCCAAAAGAUGUUUAAAGAGCCAAAGAUAGUGACAGAAGAUGAAUCGAGGUUGAACAUGUGUGACCUGUUUGAACCAUUGAAUAAAAAGAGGGUCUCUAAAGUACUUCUUGAAGGGAAUCCUGGGGUUGGGAAAACCUCAUUCUGCAAGAACCUUGUCCACUUGUGGGCACUUCGCGUCCAAGGAAAUAAAAGCAACAUGCCGUUGUCCUGUAUAAUCCCCGAAGAAAUCAAAGUCGUAUUACUGCUGCAUUGUCGUGAUAUAGCAAAUGCCAGUGAUUGGAGAGAUUUCCUGCGUCAAGCGAUUCCCGAGAAUUACUCAGACGAGGAUAAAGAGAGAAUUGUCAGAUAUAUCUGUGACAACGAGAAGAGUGUUGCCUUGGUCAUCGAUGGCUACGAUGAACUGCCUGCAUCUUCGAGGAAAUCGCUUAAUACAAUUCUCAGCAAAAAGGCCUUACCACAAAGUUGCAUGGUAGUUACCAGCCGUAAAAACCACCUAUCAGAGUUGAAAAAUAGUUUCGACAGGAAGCUAGAAAUAACUGGAUGGAAUUUUGACGAUGCCAAGGAACUGUUUACAAGCUACUUCUCAUCUUCCCCAACAGUGGCACAUAACCUUCUUCGACACGUUACGAUAAAUCAAAAGCUAAGGGACUUGGUCUGUAACCCUCUCUAUGCCUCUAUGCUUUGCCUAGUCUUUGAGGACAACGCGGAGUAUCUCACUUCCCAAAGACAUCAGGACAUCACUACAUUGAACAAAGAAAUCCUGUUCUGUAUCACUAAAAGACACAUUAAGAGAAAGGGGCUGGAGGUUGAGGAUUGCGACCUUGAAGAAAGGUUUAAGGAUUGGCAUUUGGCAUUGGGGAAGUACGCUUAUGAGGCGCUAAAGGAAAAUAAGUUAUGCUUUACGGCAAUGGAGCUACCAAAGGAUCUGUUGGACUUGGGUGUCGUUGUAAAGAACAAAGCACCAAAGAAAAUCCGAUGUGAAGUUACAUAUUCCUUUUUACAUAAAUCACUGCAAGAUUAUUUGGCGGCGUUGUUUUUCGCUGACUGCUUUGCCAAAGGCGAGGGUGAAGAAUUCUUUAGUUUCUCUAUGUUUCAUACGCUAUGUAACUUCGAUUUAGCGUCAAUGAUUGGUACAGCCAAGGCUUCUACUGCUGUGAAGUCACUCGCGAACAUUUUGAAUCCUGAUGGAAUGAUGCGAUAUUAUUCUAGGAGUGUGUCUAUGUGCACUUUGUUGGACUAUGACUAUGUUAUAAAAUUGAUGUGUGAAUGCCUGCACGAGGUCAAGUGCGGAGAUCAAGGUCUGGACGGCUUUAUCCAACUAUUACCACAAAACGUUUCAUUGAAAUUGUAUCUUUUCUCAUCUAAAGCUGUGUCAGGUCUUUGUUAUUGGCUGUCUUAUGGGACUAAAAGUAAAUGCGGAAGAGAUUCCAUAGAAGGGUUAAAAAUUCUUACGAUUUCAGACAUUUCUCCUGAAUCAGAAGACAUGUUGCACACGAUUAUCAACAGUUGUCGCCUCAAUAAUUCUAUAUGUGAAUUAUUAGAAAUUACAGACAUUUCUGUACAAUUAAUGAUUACCGUAGUUAGAGCUAUGAAGAAGGAUUUGUCAAUCAAGCGCUUGAUUCUCAGCUCCUCUGACACUGCUGUUGAUGCUUCUGUUGCUUCUGCUGCUGCCGUUGCAAUCGCAGAGAUGAUAAUUCAAAACAAAGUGCUGGAAAUUGUUGAUUUAAGUAAUGUACCUACGUUGGGUGAUAACACGUGUUGUGUCCUCGAUGCUAUAGAACAAAACAAGUCACUGAAGAGACUAGGUCUCCAUGUAGAAGCGAAUUCUUCCGAGAUAAUUACUAAACUUGCAAGGAUAGUUGGACAAAGUGAGGCAAUUAUAAAGCUUCGGCUUGGCAUUGGUGACAGCGACGAUAAUACAGAAAUUGCCUCCGCUCUUGCUAGUAAUAAAUCCAUAAAGACUUUAGAGGUUGAACACCUUGCAUGCCGUGAACGAUAUUCUCAGUACUUUAAUUUUAGUUGGAUCCCAGAACUACUUACAAAGAACACAGUAAUUGAACAUAUGGUGCUUGGUUUCCCUAUAGGGGAAGAGGGCAUAUCCUCAAUCAUUGAUACACAGAUGCAAAAUCCAUCGAUUAAGAGCCUUGAUUUUGUUGAUGAUCUUUCAGUGAAAGUUAGACGCAGAAUAGAAGCAUUUCGCCUCUCGGGAAGCCAUGUAUUGAGAAGGGUUAUACUGCGUAGUCACAAUGGCUUAACGACAUUCUUCCUCUAA